CGCUAACAGCAUGUCAGGUGGUAAGCAGCUACAGUCGCCCCUAUUCUGCCAUUUUAUUUUUCAGUUUCAACUUUCAACUGAGCCAUUUACAUUUUGAUUUACUCUCCAGUAUUUUUAUAACGCUUAAAUCAUGGAAUCUAUUGUGGAUCCUGAGCCAUCAAAGGUCUCUGAUGAAGGGCCAGUAGAGGUAUCAGACAUCAAAGACAUGAUUGAUACAGAAGACAGGCUUGGCGAGCUGAAACUUCUCGAAGAACAGGUGGAUCCUGAACCAUCAAGGGUCUCUGAUGAAGUGCCAGUACCAGUAGAGGUAUCAUACAUCAAAGACAUCAUUGAUACAGAAGACAGGCUUGGCGAGCUGAAACUUCUCGAAGAACAGGUGUCAGCCACCCCUGUACAAGUGGAGCAAUCAAUCUCAAACGAAGGAGUCAACUUGAUGGAAAAUGAAUGCAAUGUCAAGGAACGACCAUCUAACAAAGAGAUAACUCUACCCACUGCCCAUAUCAAACUGUAUCGCAUUGGAGUGCUGGAUAGAAUUGCCAGAACCCUUCACCAAAAGCAGCGCUCUGAUGACGAUUAUGAUGAUGUUGAUAAUGAUUAUAAACCAUCAUCAGCUGAUAGUGGAAGUGAUUCGUCUGCAGAAGAUGAGGAAGAAGGCAUCAAUGAAGAAAUGGUAGGAGAGGGGAGGGUUAACUGCAAAACUACUUCUAAAAAGCUUCAUCAAUGUACAUUCUGUGCAAAAAGCUUCUCUCAGACUUAUUUGAAUGUCCACAUGCGUACACACACCAAAGAGAAGCCUUACCCGUGUACAGUCUGUACCAAAAGGUUCUGCACUUCUAGCCAUUUGACUGUUCAUAUGCGUACCCACACAAAAGAGAAGCCUUUUCAGUGUACAUUUUGUAAUAGAAGCUUCUCUCAGUCUGGUAAUUUAACUUCUCAUUUGCUUAUUCACACCAAUGAGAAGCCUUUCUCGUGUACAAUCUGUACAAAAAGAUUUUCUCAACCAAGUAGUUUGACAUCUCAUUCUCGUACUCACACCAAAGAGAAGCCAUUCCAGUGUACAGUCUGUGGAAAAAGGUUCUCUCAGUCUGAACAUUUGACACAGCAUAUGCGUACCCACACAAAAGAGAAGCCAUUCCAGUGUACAGUCUGUGGAAAAAGGUUCUCUCGGUCUGAUCAUUUGAAACAGCAUAUGCGUACCCACACCAAAGAGAAGCCUUAUCAGUGUGCAUUUUGUAAUAGAAGCUUCUCUCAGUCUGGUAAUUUAACUUCUCAUUUGCUUAUUCACACAAAUUAGAAGCCUUUCUCGUGUACAAUCUGUACAAAAAGAUUCUCUCAUCCAAGUGGUUUGACAUCUCAUUCUCGUACUCACACCAAAGAGAAGCCAUUCCAGUGUACAGUCUGUGGAAAAAGGCUUUGUAACUCUAGCCAUUUGACUGUUCAUAUGCGGCGUACCCACACCAAAGAAAAGCCAUUCCAAUGUACAGUCUGUAUCAAAAGGUUCUGCACUUCUAGUGAAUUGACUGUUCAUAUGCGUACCCACACCAAUGAGAAGCCAUUCCAGUGUACAGUCUGUACUAAAAGAUUUUUCCAGUCUAGUAGUUUGACUUCUCAUUUCCAUAUUCACACCAAAGAGAAACCUCAUCAGUGUACAGUCUGUACCAAAAGGUUCUGCACUUCUGGUGAUUUGACUGUUCAUAUGCGCACUCACACUAAAGAGAACCCCUACCAGUGU